AUGCGAGUAUGUAUAAGAGCCCGAAGUUCAAUUUGUAGACUCCUCAGCCAAGCCCCAAAUGCUCGAGAACAUUUGCACAACCUUGGAGUUCCAACCAUUGAGCCUAGCAUUCUUAUUUCUCAAUGUGGAAAAAGUGCAGAUUCCAUGUUCGAUGAAUUGCCUAAAUGUGAUGUAGUAUCUGCUACAGCUUUGGUUAGCCGUUUUACUAGACUGAAUCAUCACAAGAAAGCAAUAACAAUCUUCUCAAGAAUGUUUGAGUAUGAUGUUAGACCAAAUGAGUUCACUUUAGGCACUUCAAAUGUUUACGUGGGUAGUGCACUUUUGGAUCUUUAUGUAAAGCUAAGCAGCAUUGAGGAAGCUCAACUUGUUUUUGAGGAUACCCAUGUGCCAAAUGUGGUUUCUUACACAACUUUAGUAUGUGGGUAUCUCAAAGAAGAGAAGUUUGAUGAAGCUAUGGAAAUCUUUCGGAUAAUCCUUGAGAGAAAUGUUGUGAUUAGAGGGUAUAGUCAGAAAGGACGUAACGAGGAUGUUGUUAAUCUUUUUGUUGAGAUGUUGAGACAACGUGUUGUACCUGAUCAAUCGACGUAA